UCAAUUCAUGCACUGGCCGAGGCAGUGGAAGCGUUUGGUGGAGGUGUCGUCAUGGUGACUCACGACGAGCGUUUGAUUCGUGAGACGAACUGUCAACUGUGGAUUGUUGAAGAUCAUAAUGUCGCUGAAAUCGAUGGCGAUUUUGAUGAAUAUCGUAAAGAGAUUUUGGAACAACUCGGUGAAACUCUUACGCCUCCACAACCGUGA